GUCUAUGUCACAAACUUUAGAGCAAGAGUUACAAGUUCAAAAGAACAAAAUAAUUGAAGUGUUAGAAGAAUGUCAACGAAAAACAGAUGAUUUCCUACACUGCCAGGAUGAAUUUGUUGAGGUAAAAAGGGAGAGAGACCAAUUACAGAAACUGCAACAGAAUGGAGCAAAUGAAAUAAAUAUACUGAUUCAGCAAGCUGAAGAGAUGAAAGUGAAGUAUGAUACAGCUCUUAAGCAGCUAGAAGAGAAACAGGAAGCUCAUAAAUCGGCACAGUUACGUUUUGAUGCUCUUAGCAAACAAAAGGAUAUACUGACGAGUGAACUGAUACACAAAUCAAAACUUUGUGAGGAAUAUGAGAAGUCAUAUAUGUCUUUGAAAGAGAAGAAUAAGGAGGCAGAGAAGAGAUUGUCUCAGAAGGAAGAAGAAAUUUUAAGAUUGGAAUCAGAACGUGCAGAGCUUCUUGUUCAAAUCGAAGCAGGUGAAGGUGCCAACACUGCUAUCCAGCAGAUUUCACAAGAAAAGGUGCUACUGAACAAUGAGUUGAAAGAGCAGAUGAAUUACCAUACCACAUAUGCAAAAGAAAUGUCAAUGAAAUUGGAUGAUGCAACAACUCGAGUUCAUGAUCUUGAAAAGAAGAAUGAAGACAUUGCAUUACAACUCAGUAAUUAUGAAAAUGAGAUACACACUACACGCACUGAACUUCAGGCAUCUCAGAAAGAGGUCAGAAGGUUGACUGAUGAGCUGAAUAAGAAGGAAAGUACUCUGCAAGCUCUUCAUUCUUCAGUACAUCAUCUUAAAAGUGAGAAGGAUGGAUGUCAGCUCAGAAUAGCUGAUUUGGAGGGUUUGUUGCAAGAAAAAUCUUCAUUGCUGGCUGAUUACAGUGACAAAGUUAAAAAUAUGAAUGAUACUCUGCAAGGGAAUGAAACAAAAUUAGUUGAACUUGAAGGAGAAAAUAAAGCAUUGGAACAAAAACUCACAGAACACGAAUCAAAACUUGUUCACCUCCACAUGAAUCUCAAUGUAACAGAAUUAAAACUAAAGGACUCUGAUUCUAAAGUGGAAGAUUUGGGUGCAGAAAUUGAGAUGAAGACUGCACGUGCCGUACUGUUGGAAGCAGAAAACACUAGAUUAGGUACUGAAAUCAGUUUACUGAAAGAGAACUUGAAAGAAAAUGAAGAGCAACUCCAGGUUUUGGGUGUACAAAGAGCAUCCUUGGAAACUAGUCUGUUUGAAAUGGAAAAAGAUGUAGUGGAGGAGAAAAAGCAGAUUGAAGAUAAAUGGAAGAAAGAAGUGGAUAGUAUAAAGUCAUUAUUUGAAAUCAGUCAAGUGAAAAUCUCAGAAUUUGAAGAGGGUAAGAAAUUACUAUUAGAUGAUAAAGCAAAAAUGAUGCAACAGCUAGCAACAUUAGAAGAACACUUAGAAGAGGUUAAAACGAAUGCAUGUGAGAAGGAGGCAGCUUUGCAGAGUCAGUUGUCAUCUGUGACUUUUUCCAAACAGACAGCUGAAGAGGAAUUAGCUGUAGAGAAGUGUGAGUUACUAAAGCAACAGAAAGAUAAUAAAGAUAUGAAGGAAACAUAUGAAGUAGAAAUUGAGAAGAAAUAUCAGGAAUUGAAGGAUGUGCAUUCAUCUCUUGAUGAGGUAGCAGGAGAAAAAUUAGCGCUAGAAGCACAGCUUGCAGCCAGCCAGUCUGAGCGACAGGCAUUAUUAGAACGUUGCUGUGCAAAUACUUCAGAGACUGAAAAUCUACAUAAAACAAUUACUGAUCUUCGUCGGCGGUUGGAAGAAAGUCAGGCAGCUUUGCAUGAGCUUGGGCGGGAAAAUCAGACACUUCAGCUUGAACUGGAAAAAUUGUUGUGUCGCAAAUGGACCGAGGACUCUGAUGUCAUUAGCUGUAGCCUCUGCCAGAGGGAGUUCUCACUUAUUGUAAGGAAGCAUCACUGCCGUAAUUGCGGACAGAUUUUCUGCAAUGAGUGUUCAUCCAAGAUGGCCCCCAUUGCAAGCAACAAGAAACCCGUCCGAGUCUGUGACUCCUGUUACAAUGAGUUAGGUAGCAAAUAGUACCCUAUGUUCAGAACUGCGGCUAUUUUACAUUUGUUCUAGUGCCUCUUGCAAAGGAUGAUUUUUUCCAGAUGGACAUUACAGAUUAUUCCUUUAAAAUGGAAUUUUUGUAUGAAGAAUAAGUCUCUAGAUUCAAGUUGAGUGAGGCAUUGGGUGGGCACAUAUUAUGACCUUAACUAAAGCUACAGCUUUUUAGCCGUAUAUCACAAAUAUCUGUAGCCAUUACUUUCCAGUGUCGCAGAAAGUUUGACGGUAUGUAUUUGUUGCUAGAGGGACAGUAACAUUUAUUAUAUAUAAGCAUUACAUUAUUUUUUUCAAAUAAGUAAUUUGGUGUAACAAAUGUUCCAAAUCAAGAUUAUUGUGUGCCAAAUUAUGCAUUUUUGGAGAACAUGAUUAAGGAAUGUGAAUUAUAUGAGUGAAUGAAUAAAUGAAUGGAUGUUUGAGACAUUUAAUAUUCCUAAAUACAGAGUUCUCUUUAUGUGUUCUUAUAGUUUAUGCCUGUUUAACAUAAAUUCUGGUGUUUUAUGUUGAUUAUAAUAUUUUAUAAAAUAAUAUUAAUUAAUUUUGUAAAUUCCAUUGGUAUUUUGUUCAUUAUAGCUGUAAUAACCUGUAUAUGUCUUGAAGCUUUCAUAAUGACUUAAUGUGAUAAAAUCUUCUAUGGUGACCUGUUGCAUCAACUCAGACGUUUGCUCCAAACUGGUGCAUUUAAUCACCUGAGAUUUAAUCACAUGUAAUAAUUUGUUUACCAUCUUUCUAAAUAUUAGUAGAUAGUCUUUUGUUGAACAGUACAUCACCAUUGUCAGCAUUUUUCAACACUGCACUUUGUAGAGAUUUGAGGUUUUCAUGGUACUGAAGAUGUCAGUUGUGGUCAUGUGCUUGUGGAUUGUGAUACUGGGUGGUCUUAUAGGUGGUUUAAACUUACCAUUAAUUGGAAAAGCUUCUGGGUUCCAAGUGGACUGAGGACUCUGAUGUUAUUAGUUGCAGCCUUUGCCGGAGCUUGUAUAUCACCUCCAUCUUAACCCUGAAGAUGGAGACCAUAUUUUCCUUCAUAAUAUUGGUAACCACCUACAAGAGCACACAUCAUCACAACCCAGAAGACUACAGUCAACACUGUACGUUGUCGUUGAUUUGUCAGUUUUUUGUGCUCUUUCUAAUUUUCAAUAUCUUGGAAAGUUAUAACCUAACUUGUAAUAUAUUAAUUUCUUCUUUGUAUCAAUAUUCUAAGAUUCGUAUCACUUUGUGUUUGAAAUAGGCUGAAUAAAUUGUUAAAUGUUUCAUAAUUAUUGGUAAAUAAAACUUAUAACUUUAGAACAAAUCAAACAUGUUGCUGAGCAGUGUAGCAAAAUUUUGCAUUCUUCUUGCACGUGAGAAUUUGCAAAGUUGUCAAGAUUCUAAUGAGCAAAGGCAAGGAUGCUGACUUAUCUCGGUUUACACCCACCAUACAUUGUGAUCGAGUUAUUAGCUCUCUUCCUACAUGUUCAGGAGGUAAGUGGUUUAAAUAUCAGCCGGAAUACCAGCUAUCUUGAUUAUGAUUUUUUUUACGCUCUCUGGGAAAAUUAUGGCGUAGUACCUUAAAUAGGCCAACUUUAUUUUUUAAUUUUGUAAUGUCAUAUCACCAGUAACUGUUAACUGUGGAGUGGGCAAGAAGUAGUAUUGUCUUCUGUUAUGUGUCAUAGUGUGGAAUAUUUACUCCUCUUAGGCAGUGAUGCUUAUAAACAUCAAUUUUAUUUAGAAUAAAUGGCUGUAGAUUUACUCUUUCAGAUGUUUAAUUGAAUUUAUUACAGACUAAAGGUUUUUUAGACUAUAUGUGAUGUGUUGACCCAAGAGUGAAAUGUAAUUUUAAAUUAUGUAUUUGUGUAAUAUUGAUUUGGGGGAGUAUGGUGUUGGUUGUCAUGGCACUUGAUAUGUCUAGUUGUAAAAGUGAAUUCACUUGGGCCUAUAAUUCGUAAUAUUUAUUACUCCAGUAUAAUUGUGAUUAGAUGUAUGAAUGCCAUAGCUAAUGGUAUAUCUGAUAUCUGAAAGAAUUUAAUAUUUUUAAAUAUUAAGAUGAAUAAAUUUCUGUUUAUACAUGCAAUUAUUUUCAGAUUUAUCAUUGGAUCUUGGUUAUGGGAAUGUAUGGACAUUUGUGUACUGGUGUAUUAACCCAGGAACUUCCAGUAGAGCAGUGCCACUGAUUUGAGAUAUAUUCCAAACCUAUGCAGAAUGUCGUCAUGAAAAUAUUACAGUGGUCAUUUGUCAUCUGAGUAGAAUGAUCAUAGAAUUGCUUUCUUUGAUAGGGAAUGGAAUAUACUGAAAGUGUAGUUCAUUUACCAUUAGAGAUUUCAUAGGUUUUUGAAAUCUUGUUGAGACUGUAUACAUUACAUUAUUUCCAUUUGCAAGAUCCAAACGCUCUGGUUUUACAAUGUCAUUUUACUUCUGUAAGAUUAGCACAUUAGGUUAAUUAUAACUUGGGAAGUGUGUGCAAGCUGCAUUUUCAUUUUGCACAAAGGAGUAUUGUUUCCUGUUAUUUCAGCAUGAUGAAGUACACAGGAUUGGUAAGUUGUAUAGUUUGUGCUUCAUCAAUUCCAGUUUCUUGUGAGUGUUUAAAAUAUGUUUUGUUUUUUGUUUUUGUUUUUUUGGAGAAUGGUAAACAUAUUUUUAAUCAAAUACAAAUUUAGUGUAAUAUUCUAUAUAGUGAUUAAUAGCACAAAAUUAAACAUUAAUUUUUUUAUGGUAAGUUACCAGAAAGCCAAAGAUGACUGUACAAAGAACAUUGUAGUUUAACAUGAAAAUUAAUAUUUUAUUAAUAUGUGGUAUGUAGCAGUCAUGUAUGCUUUCUCAUCAUCCAAAACCCAGGGUGAGUGAAAAGUUAAAUAUUUAUGAUGUGGCUGUAUGUGCAGGUAUCUAAUUACGUCUUCUCACAAAUACUGAUAGAAGGAACUGAAGAAAUUAUAGACAUGUUGCUAUUAUUAUAAAAACAUACACUCACAUUAUGAAAUAUUCUAGCUCUAUGAUGACAUUUAUAGUUCAUUUAUGAAAGGUGGGUGUCUUCUGUUCCCAUUAUCUGUCCUUCCUGUUACACAUUUGACACAGACUGUGGUGACUAUUUACCUCCCUCACUAAUUGGCAGUACCCGUGUUAUCCAGUACAGACUUGAAAGACAUUUAGCGGAAGUAUAGCAUGUAUAUCUGUAGAAAUGAGUUCAUGGUUUACUGAACAUUUGUAUUUUGAUAGUGGUAAGUACAUUAUUACAUUAUCUUUUUGACCAGCAUUAGUUUUUCUUUGACACAGAAAAUUGCUAACAUCCCAAAAUAGAGAAUAAUAAUAAUAAUGCAAUCUCUCUCAUGCUGGAUCCUUGACUGGUUGUUAUAGUACUUGUUUGUUCCCAAUAACAUUGCAUAAUCACUUCACUGCCUCUAAAUUAUAUGUUUUAUCCAAAUAUGUUUUUGGUUAUUAGCUGUCUAAGAAUACAUUUCUGAUGUGUGACAAUUCUUAUAUAUGUGUUAACUGUCGAGUGUUUCAAAAAGAGUGAUUCAGAUUUGUUUGUAGUGGCAUUGUCAGUACUGUACAUGGCCUCUUGUCUGCAGUGAUUUAACAAGCAUAUUUAUAUUAACAAACCAUUGAAACUGCCUGUUGAUUGCCUGGAAUAUUCUUGAAAUAAAUUGUACUGAAAUAAUGAAACUGUUUAUGUACUCUGACAGUCAUAUAUAUUGCCAUUGACCAAUGUCUUAUUUACCACAGUGGUGCUGCAUAAUUAUCAUCUGUUGCAUCCAAUGCAUUAAACCAAACUCAGGAUAAUUUUGGAAGAUUUUAAAAUUUGAAAGUGAUAUCUGAAUGCCUUGAAAAGGAUCCCCUACAGUUCCAGCUUUCUAGGAAACUUAUAACAAAUCUGAAAGAAUGAUGCCUUGGUGUAAUUAUGCACCUGAAGAUGUAUGCGGAGUUAAUAAAGUUCAAAACCUUAGUUGAAAACUGCCACUAAUUUGUAAAGAGUCUGUUUUAUUUCUUUAUGCCAGCAACUUUUUUCCAUUGUAGGAGAUUUUAUGAUUUCUUUUAAAUUACUAAUUAUGGAGAGACAUGAUUUAGUGAAAAAAACUUCUGAAAUUUAUUUGCUUUGAGUUUUGUGGUACAUUUGUGAAAUGAAAAUUCAUAGCAGAUUGAAAAUGGUGAAUUUAGAGUUUUACUUAUAGAAGUUUCAGUGUAUUUGUUUUAAUUUAAUGCUGAUAAUGGUUUAUUCUGCUGUAUUAUGGCAGAAUACAGUUUUAUGGUGCAAGUCUGUUUAUGUAAACCUAAUAUACAUUAUAUAUUAGUCCCAAUGUUAUAACCAAUUCUAUAUAUAUUAUUGCUGACUCAAUAAUUAAUCUACAAGUCAGUUUGACUUAAAUUUCUCUUAUGGUAAAUUAUAUGUAUAAUGUGUAAAAUAUUAAAAUUUGUUUGUAAAUUA